GGGAGCGCGCCCGGAGGGCUCCAUGAUUUCCCCCCGGGCGCUCUCCUGUGCUGUUGUGCUGCUCCUGCUCCUCACGGUGCUGAGCAGAGGCAAGAGGUGCAGCAUCACCAGGAUCCUCCGGCAGUACCGAGCUGUCAUCUUCCAUGAGAUCCAGAACCUGAGAGCCCUGAGUGGAUCAGUGGACAGGAGCAGAAGGGCUGGCCCUGCUUGCCGCUCGGAUCAGGACCAGAAGAUCCUGUUCUCCAUCUACAACAUCACCAUGUCCCUAUGGGAAGCAGCUGCUGGAUCCCUGCGUGGUCCUGAGGAGCUGGCACUAUGGAAGGUGGCCAGGAACACGGAAGUGGUGUUCAGGGAGAGCUGCAGGAGCAUCCGCAAGAGCCCACCGCGCAUCCCAGCUCAGCCCCGGCGCAGGGGACGUGGCCGUAGGAGGAAGAUGAUGCGGGAGCUCGGGAGGAAGGCUCAGAGGCUGGUGACCUGCUGGGAGAAGCUCUAUGCCCUGCACACACCACACCGGGACUCAUAGGGAUGCUCUCACCGUGUACCGGAGGGAUGCGCAGCUCCUGCAUCCGGUGGCUGGUUUGGAAACGUGGGGCACAUUCAAUGCUGAAGGCAGUGGAGAUGUUGAAUUCAUCCUCCUGUUUCAAGUGGUACCCAAGGACCGGCCCCAUUGCAUCCCUGGCAGGUUGGUUUGCUGCGGGAUGGCUGUGGUGGGAAGCUGGAACACCAGGAUCAAGGGAAGAAGAAAGGGAAGUGCCAAAGAAAGGAGGUGAGGGGUUGGAUUUCUCUGAUGCUCCUGCCCCUGCAUCUCCUGUUGCUUUCGGGGGGACAACGGUUGCUUUUGGGGCAGAAAGAGGAUGUGGGGCUGUUGCUGGAUGCGGGACCACUGUGUAUCUAUAAGGCUCUGAGGAUGGCCAGGCUAUGGAGUGGA